AUGGCCACCCUAGCCUUCUUCAAAUCCCUAAUCCCGGUCACCCUACAUUGGAAGACCGCCCCACUUUCCUCUGUCUACUACCCCCCCAUCGCCAUUGUUUGCUACCUUACCCUAAUCUUUUCGCUUCGUCGCUUCAUGCGCGACCGCCCACCCGUGAAGCUGCGCUCGCUCACCGUCCUUCACAAUGUAUUCCUGUGCGCCCUUUCCCUUGCCAUGGGCGUGGGCGUCCUCUCCGAAGUCGUCAAAGUUUUCGCCGCUAACGCCACCCCCUCAAACCCCUUCGCUGGCACCAACGCCGUGCUCUGCGAUCCCACCGGCGCUUCCAUGACAGGGCGCAUGGGCUGGUGGAUGUACGUUUUUUACGUCAGCAAAUACUAUGAGCUGCUUGAUACUGUCAUUAUGGUAUUGAAGAAACGCCCCCUCAACUUUCUCCACGUCUACCAUCAUUGCAUCGUCCUCCCGCUCUUCUAUGUCUACAUGUCCACAUCCAUGGUGUUGCAGUGGAUUGUCGUCGUUGCAAACUCCUCCGUCCACGUUGCCAUGUACUACUACUACGCGAUGGCCGCGCUCGGCCACAAGGUCUGGUGGAAGAAGUACAUCACGCUCGCGCAAAUCGUCCAAUUUAUCAUCGACCUUACCUCCACAUGGCCGUACCCCUUCCUUUACUUCUCUGCUUCCGGAUGCUCUGGCUCCAUGCGCGGUUGGCUCUUCGGACAGGCUGUCGGUGCCUCAUUCUUCAAGCUCUUCUGCGACUUUUACUUCAGGUCGUACACAAAGUCCAAAAACCUUAAGGCCCAACAAAAAGCACACCCGAGCGAGGAAGUGAACGAUCUCAAGAAGGAAACCGAACCCAAAGACGUUGACCACAAGAAAAUUGAGUAA